UUGUGAAUCAUCCAAGUCGGGCCUGUUAGCGCAUCCGCAGUGAGGACAGAGACAGAGACGCGUAUUAACGCGCGUUAGGACGCAGACGCUCGGUGUGUACUUGCCUUCGUGCCCGCCGUCGGUGGAUGGGACGCGCUUGGUAGAUGAAGAUGGCGGACAGAGCCGAGAUGUUUUCCCUCUCCACCUUUCACUCUCUCUCUCCUCCGGGAUGCAGGGCAGCUCAUGACAUUAGUCUGGAGGAGUUUGAUGAUGAAGAUCUGUCUGAGAUCACUGAUGACUGUGGGAUCGGCCUCAACUACGACUCUGACCCCUAUGAAAAGGACUCCCUCAUCCUGGAGAAGAGUGACAUCCACCACCCAGUGUCAACGUUUCAGGACGACUUCCAGGAGUUUGAGAUGAUCGAUGACGAAGACGAGGAGGAAGACGAGGAAGGAGAAGCAGAUCCCGACUCUCCACCCUCUCCCUCUGUGUCUCCUCCUGACUCUCCUAGUUUAGGCUCCCUGAAGAGCCGCCCCACGACUCUGAACCUGACCACUGCAGUAUCACAGGACUCCCUGAACAACAACAGCAGUGUUUCUCCACGAAAAUCAAGCUGGCAGGACUCUCUACGUAACUCCACAUCACAGGGCCGUUUGUCUCCAAACCACACUUGCCUCGAGGACGGUACCCACGUUACUGGCACAUGUCCAGGGGCUCCUGGCACCAACGUCUCCACCAAAGGUACUCCCCCAAACUCAACUGGGCACUGUGGUCACACUCAGUCGCCUGGCAGGCCGCUGCUGUACGACUUUGAGGGCAACAGACGCGAACGACUCGAAUACGGUUCCUUCGGUCAACACAACUCCUUGGAUGGUCCUGAGGUCACUAAGGCAGAAAAGAGUGUUAAUGGAACUCUUGAGGAACGCGUCCUCUCAGGCGAUGACUGCAUUUCCCAGUGCUCUGACACUGAAGUCGACCAUGACCUUAACGGCCAUCCCAAAAGCCACCUGUUCCACCCUCGACCUACUGACACAUACACAAUUACUACAGAGACCGCUGAUGACCCUGAGAUGGAGAAUGACCUUACAAUGGAUGGCACGAGCAAGUGCCUGUCAUCUACGGCCCCACUUGGUAAUGAUGCAGAGACACCGCUGUCAGAUGAAGAACUGGAUAAAGACUUUGAGAUUGACUUCAUAACCAAGGAGACCUAUGAUCUGACCUGUAAAGAAACGGAAGGUUUAGCCUACAUAGAGUUUCCAAGCAUUGAGCCUAGUGAGACAUCAUCUGAGCAAUCCAAAUAUGGGAUUCAGGGAUUGCCUGGGAAUCGGCCUGCUGCCGCUGCGUCAAAUGACACGUCAUCUCCCUCUUCUGACCCUGGCAUUGCCGACAUGAAUGCCAAGCGCUAUUCAGAGUCUGACCGCCAUAGCGAUGACCUUAGCUCCCCUGGAUCUGAUUCUGAUAUAGAGGGGGAGCUGGAGGCUGAGUUUGCCUGUGGUCCACUAGUCAGUAACAUGAUCUCAUCCAUCUCCGAGACAGAACUGGAUCUGACCAGCGAAUCCAGCAGUGGAAGGUCCUCACACCUUACUAACUCAAUUGAGGAAGCCAGUUCUCCAACUUCAGACCCUGAGCUCGAUCAAGAGCUGGAUGCUGAGCAGGACAGUGGGAUUGUGGGUCUGAAGACGUCUCUUCUUCUAGGCCAGCCUGAACCAAUCAAAGAGGACCAUACACCAUAUUUUAUGGAGAGCCCAGAAAUUCAACCUUUUGAUGAUGAUCAGGCAUUCAUGGGUCUGCAGAACGUGGAUGAUGAGCAGGGCUUCGAGCACCAAGCUGAUCCAGAUGAGACCCUGCCACCAGCUGUGCCCUGUGAUGAUAUGGCAACUCAACACCUGCUUUUGAAGAUUGAACCGGACCACAGUCUGGAGAGCGUGAAAAGAUCUUUCUACCUUCCGGUUGAACCUAGGAGCAUGCCCUCGAUGGAUGACUAUGACGGAACCACGGAGGGAGACUCGGAGUCGGAGUCCGAAGACGAGCUGAGUGAGAACUCGGAUUCACCGUGGCUACUCAGCAACUUGGUUAACAAGAUGAUAUCAGAGGGAUCCUUCCCGAUCAGCUGCCCGGAGGACUGCCUCAGGCGCUCUGCCUCCAUCUCCGACACUAUUUCACCCUCGUCUGACCUGGACCCGGAAACCUUCAACGAAAGUGAAGGGUACAAGAUAGGGAAAGGACAAGACGACUGCCAGAAACAGCAACCUAGUGUCUCAGGUGAGAGGAUGGGCGGUGAAACUGAUGACAGAAAAGCCAGCUGUGAAUCAGAAGAAGAGCAAGACGCUACGGCUUUCGGAUCUUGUCUAUAUGUCGGUGAUUUCAAAAAUGACACUGGUACUCCUGCCUGCUUGGAAAAACGCCACACCAAGAACACAGGUCAGAACUACACGUCAUAUAUGUCACUCAAAAAUCAACAGAACGAGGAUGAAGAGGAACCAAAUAAUGACUUGAUGAUGGACAAGAUGAAGGACCUGGAUUCACCCAGCCUAAGUGAGAGCAUCAUCAGUGACAAGGAUGAGGGGCGAGAGAUUAGGGUGGACCCACUCUCUCUGGAAAAAAUGACACAAGUGAAAAACAGUCUGACCCUUGACCUGCCCACAGCACAGACCAAUCGCUGCUUCAGCCUCACCUACUCCACAGACAACGAUGAAGAUGAGCAGGACCCCUCACCUUUCCUCGAGGCUGUUCACAAACCACCCUCACCUUACAGUAAUGACACUUACCUUGACAGUUCGCCCCCUAUCGAUGAGAGUGUGCAGGAGCUGGGAAGCACCUUCGACUCGGUGGGUGGCCGAACCGUGGACGACUCUCUGGCCUAUGACUCGAUGAAGUACACUCUAGUUGUGGAUGAGAAUACUACACUAGAGCUGGUGAGUCUGAAGCGCUGCACCUCUGUGCUGAGUGAGGACAGCGACGGACUGUCCACUGUGUGUGAUGAAGACGCAGCUGAUGAGGAGGAGGUUCUGUACGGCAGUAACGAGACGGUCGGAUGCAUGCGGUCUGAUCUGUUGUUAAGCUCCUCCUCUGAGGAAGACUCCUCACCCGAGGCGGACCUACCAUUCUCCAAAAAAUUUCUCAAUGUGUUCGUCAACGGCACGUCUCGAUCCUCCAGUACAGAGUCAUUUGGCUUGUUUUCCUGCACUAUAAAUGGAGAGGAGAGAGACCAGACUCACAGAGCAGUCUUUAGGUUUAUACCGCGCCAUACAGAUGAACUAGAGCUGGAUGUCGAUGACCCACUCUUUGUUGAGGAAGAAGAGGAUGACUACUGGUACCGAGGCUACAACAUGCGCACGGGUGCUAGGGGGAUCUUCCCUGCCUACUAUGCUCACGAGGUCAUCGGGCAAACCAAAGACCUAAUGGCAAUGAAGAGAAACCCAGCAUGGAUGGAGAGUUUCGCUGUGCAGUUCUUGGGCUCGGUGGAAGUGCCUUACCACCAGGGCAACGGCAUCCUAUGUGCAGCCAUGCAGAAGAUUGCCACGACGAGGAAGAGGACGGUGCAUCUGCGUCCUCCAUCUCUGUGUGAACUGGAAAUCAGUCUACAGGGAGUCAAGCUGGUCAUGAGUCUGGACGAUGAGUAUGACCUCUCAGAGGAGUUUGACAGAUGUAGUCACUUCUUCCAGAUGAAGAACAUCUCCUUCUGUGGAUGCCACCCCAAAAACAACUGUUACUUUGGCUUCAUUACCAAGCACCCAGUGCUGAAUAGGUUCGCCUGUCAUGUCUUUGUCUCUCAGGAGUCCAUGAGGCCUGUGGCUGAGUGUGUGGGACGAGCGUUUCAGGAGUACUACCAGGAGCAUUUGGAGUACGUCUGUCCCACCGAAGAUAUCUACCUGGAGUAAAGUCAAAGCGAGGUUACCACGUCAACCAAAACACCAGCCAGCGCUGCAGUUCAAGGUUUGGCCACACAGCGGCUGGUGGCCUUUACCGGAUUUAACGUAGGCCUCGGGUCUGUCCGUCUCUAACUCUUGUCUGAACACGAACUGAGCUGAACACGUAGGUUCGAUCUUAGCGGUGCAUCUGUUUCUUUUACGAUUUAUUUAUUUACUAUUUUAUUUACUCUCAUCCUUGAACUGGAUUGCCUGAUAAACUUUUGUAUAACGGUAGCUGCGGUCAUGGCUUGGUUUGGACACUUACAAAGCAUUUGAAUUAUUUUCUCCAGGUUCAGAAUUAACACAGUAAGACUUCAGACAUUUAAUGCAUGGCUUUGAUUCAGGGUUAUGCACACAGGCACAUAUAUAAACAGGGAAAAAAAUCCAACCUAUUACACAGUUGAAAUCCAUGUAAAGGCGCAGUCUUGUCUGUAAAUAUGUAUUCGUUUAAUUAUUCUGAAUGAGCUUUGUACUGAAUUGUACUGAAUCUGGGUAUGUGUUGCUA